GGCUCCCAUCCCCCUCGAUCCCUCCCUUCUUCCCACCCUGGGCACCAUCCAUACAGCAGCUGCAGGCCCUCAGAGAGGACCUGCACAGUCUCCCUCCUGUAGGUGGCAACAGUGCCACCUGUUUGACCCGUGGGGCUGAACCAAGAAUUGGAAGAAGGAGGAGGCAGACAACUCAAGCAGAGCUGAGAAGCUGUGCGGUGCAGAGCAGAGAGCAGAGCAGAGACGAGCUGCCGCUGAGAAAAGGUUCUCACCAUGACCGAGUCCCCCGGCUGCUGCUCCAUUUGGGCCCGCUGCCUCCACUGCCUGUAUAGCUGCCACUGGAGAAAAUGUCCUAAACAGGAUAUGAAAACCAGCAAGUGUGACUGUGUCUGGUUUGGCCUGCUCUUCCUCACCUUCCUCCUCUCCCUGGGCUGGCUGUACAUCGGGCUCAUCCUUCUCAAUGACCUGCACAACUUCAAUGAAUUCCUGUUCCGCCACUGGGGACACUGGAUGGACUGGUCCCUGGCAUUCCUAUUGGUCAUCUCUCUACUGGUCACAUAUGCAUCCCUGCUGUUGCUCCUGGCCUUGCUCCUGCUGCUAUGUGGCCAUCCUCUGCAUCUUCAUGGUGUCCACAAGGUGCUGCUGCUCCUUACUAUACUUCUUGUGGCUGCUGGCCUGGUGGGAUUGGAUGUCCAAUGGCAAGAGGAGUGGCAGAGCUUACGUGUGUCACUGCAGGCCACAGCCCCAUUCCUUCAUAUUGGAGCGAUUGCUGGCAUCACCCUCCUGGCCUGGCCUGUGGCUGACACCUUCUACCGUAUACACCGAAGAGGUCCCAAGAUUCUGCUACUGCUCCUAUUUUUUGGAGUCUCCCUGGCCAUCUACCUGGCCCCCCUCUUCAUCUCCUCACCCUGUAUAAUGGAACCCAGAGACUUACCCCCCAAACCAGGUCUGAUAGGACACCGAGGGGCUCCCAUGCUGGCCCCUGAGAACACCCUGAUGUCCCUGCGAAAAACAGCUGAAUGUGGAGCUACUGUGUUUGAGACCGAUGUGAUGGUCAGCUCUGAUGGAGUCCCCUUCCUCAUGCAUGAUGAGCAUCUGAGCAGAACCACAAAUGUGGCCUCUGUAUUCCCAUCCCGAAUCACUGCCCAUAGCAGCAACUUCUCCUGGGCUGAACUCAAGAAACUCAAUGCUGGAACCUGGUUCCUGGAGAGACAGCCCUUCCGGGGAGCCAAACAGCUGUCAGAGUCUGAUCGGAAAGAAGCUGAGAAUCAAACAAUUCCAACUUUGGAAGAACUACUACAAGAAGCUGCAGUCCUCAACCUCUCCAUCAUGUUUGACUUGCGCCACCCCUCACAAAACCACACAUACUACAAAAAUUUUGUGAAGCAGACAUUGGAGACUGUGCUGAGUGCCAGGGUGCCCCAAGCCAUGGUUCUUUGGCUACCAGAUGAGGAUCGGGCUUAUGUUCAACAACGGGCACCUGGAUUGUGCCAGAUCUAUGGACAUAGACAGUGGGAAUGCAACAGAACUGAGGCACAACCCUAUCGUCUUAACCUCCCUUAUCAAGAAUUGUCACAUCUGAAUAUCAAGUCAAUGCACCAGUGUAAUACUUCAGUGAACCUGUUUGUAGUGAACAAGCCCUGGCUCUUCUCCCUACUCUGGUGUGCUGGGGUGGAUUCGGUCACCACCAAUGACUGCCAGCUGCUGCAGCAGAUGCAUCACCCUGUUUGGCUUAUUCCCCCUCGAACCUACCUAAUGAUGUGGGUCAUUACCAAUUGUGUUUCCAUUUUGCUACUUUUGUGGACCUUCCUCCUCCAAGGGAGAUGUGCUAAGGAGAGAAAGAGAACCGGUGAUGAUUGAAGCAGUAACCCUAAAAUCGAUGUGGAUCUCAAUGUGUAUGGAGGAAAUAUUUAAUAACAUCAUGUUAUAGAUGGGACAACGUAAAAUAAUAGAAAGUAAAGCAGGUUCCUGCACUUCCCUCAACCUGGUAACAAGAAGACACCAGUCGAUUUUUGUGCUGAUGAAAUGGUACUGUGUCUUGACUGCAGUGAUUAUUACAGGAAUCUCCACAUGUGGUAAAAUGGCAUAGAACCAUCCACACAUUGUAUCAAUGUCAAUUUCCUGAUUUUGAUAUUGUAGUGCUAUAAUUAUGUAAGAUGUAAUCACUGAGGGAAGCUGUGUGAAGGGCACAUGGGUCUUCUCUGUACUGUUGAUAUUAUGCAACUUCCUUGUAAAUCUAUGAAUAUUUCAAAAUGUUUUUUUUCCUUGAUUGGCUUGAAAAUGGCUGAAGACAAAUGCAAUCUAAGAGUCUUGAUUGAAUUCUUUUUUAAAAAAUUUUUAUUUAUUUUUAUUCCCUUUUGUUGCCCUUGUUGUUUUAUUGUUGUAGUUAUUAUUGAUGUCAUUGUUGUUGGAUAGGACAGAGAGAAAUGGAGAGAGGAGGGGAAGACAGAGAGGGGGAGAGAAAGAUAGACACCUGCAGACCUGCUUCACCUUCUGUGAAGUGACUCCCCUGCAGGUGGGGAGCCGGGGGCUCGAACCGGGAUCCUUAUGCCGGUCCUUGAGCUUGGUGCCACCUGCGCUUAACCCGCUGCGCUACCGCCCGACUCCCUGAAUUCCUUUUUUAAACUGAAUUUUGAUGUUUAAAAUUCUAUAUGGUUAAUUUAGGAAAUUUCAGUAUAUUUUUGGCAUUAGAUGAUAAUAAAAUUAUAUGAAGUCAUUACUAAUUUUCUUCUUUUUAAAAUUUCUUUAU